ACCUGGAAUCUUACGAAACAACAAAUCUUGAAACUCAGAACUAUGCAGAGAGCACAUGUGAGAAUCAUGGCGAGAUCGUAAAACAGCUCAUUGGAUCCGAGAAGAAACCAAAGUAACAGAUAUCAUGGAAAUAAUAAGCAAACUCAAAUGGAACUGGGCUGGUUAUUUGGCGAGAAGAACGGACAACCGUUGGACAAUCAGCAUUACGUUCAGGACGCGCCGGAGACACACAAGGAACCGAGGAAGACCAAGGACGAGAUGAAGGGAAGACUUGCAUGG